AUGCAACGCGUGCAGACCAUCGCAUCACAGUUGGGGCACCGGCGCUACUGCCACCUUGAGCGCACUGGUGACGUGGCAGUUCUUAUCCUCCACCACGAGCAGCUCAACGCCCUCACAACGAGCAUGCGUGCAGCCGUGCAGCAUUACUUCCGCGAGGCGGAGGCCGAUUCCGCGGUGCGCUGCAUCAUCAUCACAGGUGCAGGUGGUGCCUUCUCCUGCGGCGUCGACCUCGCAGACUUUAAGGCGUCGGCGCUUGAGACGAAUUACGACGGCGGCACCAUCCCUAGCCUCGCUACGCUGACAAACAUGAUUGAGAGCAGCGCGAAGGUUGUCGUGGCGGCAACGCACGGUAUUGUCUUCUCCGGUGGGCUGGAGCUGGCGCUCGCUGCGCACUACCGCGUCGCCACCCCGGCAGCGAUCUUCUCAUUCCCUGAGGUGCAAUUGGGCAUUGUGCCGUGCGGUGGCGGUACGCAACGGCUGCCGCGCCUCAUUGGCGUCCGCGCGGCUGUGGACAUGAUCGCCACAUCCAAGAAAGUGAGCGCGAGAGAGGCACUCGGGCUGGGGCUCGUCGACCACGUCACAGAAGGCGUUGAAAACGAUACCGGAGGUGACAGGAGCAGCAGCCAUAGCAGCAGCGGCAAGGGUGCCGUGGCGGAGGCAGUUCGUCUUGCUUCCAGCUGGAAAAAACCACGACGUGUGUCACACAGCAAUGCAAAGCUCGGCAGUUUUCUUAUCAACAGGGCGGUGCUGCGCUGGGCGGAGCGGGAGAUACGAAAGAAGGCCCCGAAAGACAUCCGAGCGCCCCUGCUGUGCCUCAGUGCCGUCCGCGCCGCCGCAACCAUGUCAUCGUUUGCAGAUGGCCUUAAGGCUGAAAUGACGUUCUUUAUGGAGGCGCUGGAGUCACCUGAGGCGCACGCCAUGCAGCAUCUACUGCGCUCGUCGUACUCCGUGAUGGGUAGAGGCCUCACGUCGCUGCCGUCUGUGGCAGGGGUUGGCUUGUCGAUCCGCCGCCUCGGCGUUGUUGGCUGUGGGACCGUUGGCAUGGGCGUCACACUUCUCGCCCUGCGGAGUUGGCUUCCCGUGACGGUUGUGGAGUUGAACGAGCGAAAGUGCCAGGAGGCCCUCCGUGUUGUGCAGCACGAACUAGAUCUCGAUGUAGCGAAUGGCCGGCUCUCGCCAGAACACCGCAAACGGUGCCUGGGGCUGGUUUCUGUUGUUGCCUACGACUGCGAUCUCCUUGCCGCACUGCGUGAUGUCGACCUGGUAGUGGAAUGCGUCCAUGAGGCCCUUGAUCUUAAGAAGCAGGUCUUUUCUCGGUUGAGUGCAGUGUGCCCGCCACACUGCAUUAUCGCGACGAGUGCCUCCUCGCUGAGCAUCGGGGAACUAGCAAAGACGACACGAAGACCGGAGAAGGUGAUUGGCAUGCACUUUAUUCCCCCCUCCGAUGUCACACCCUUGCUGGAGAUUGUGCAGGGGCAGGACACCGAUCGGGUCACCGUGCUGCAGGCGAUUGCUGUCGGCCGGCUAUUUCGAAAAGCUGUAAUUGUUUCUAAUGACACCGGUGUGUGCUUGACGACGCGACUACUCUCCACCGCGCUGUACCAGGCGUUUGCAAUGCUGGAGGAAGGUACGUUCCCCGUCGAGGUGGACCGUGCGUUGCGCCGCUUUGGCUUCCGUCUCGGUGUGUUUGCGAUAGAGGACCUCGCUGGGUUGGACUUCACCGCGAAGAUCCGUGCCGCACAGCAGCAGCAUGGCCGUUCAUCGUUACCUGCUUCCGACGUGUUCACCAUUCCACAGCUGCUUGUGCAGGAGGGGCGCCUUGGGCAGAAGACGGGGCGUGGGUGGUACAGCUACGAGCGUGGUGGCCUGCGCAGCACUCUUGUUGCGGCGCUGCGUGGCACGAAGCGAGAAGAAGCGGUGGCGGCGUCGUGGGGCGUGUGGCGCAAAGGCGGCGCCUCGCUGCGGCGCACAUCGUACCCCGAUCGCGCCGUUGAGCUGCUGAUCCUCGACGUGUGCAGGAGGAAGGAGAUUAUGCGCCGCGACAUAAGUGAGAAGGAGAUUGUGGAGCGCAUUAUUUUCGCCGCCAUCAACGAGGCGGCAAAGUUACUGCAGGAGGGCGCCGUUUCCAGUUCCGCGGCGGUGGACGUAGCGAUGGCGUUCGGCUACGGCUUCCCUGCCUGGAAGGGCGGCCUCUGCUACUACGCCGACAAGUUCGGCCUCGCGAACGUGGUGCGUCGCAUGCGCAUCUACAAUCGUUCCUUUGGCAGCGCCGUGUUUCCCCCACCGUGCGAUGCGCUGCUGGAGAUGGCGACGUCGCAACAGACCUUCCGCUCGAUGUGGCCGUAA